UAUGACGUCGUAGAGCCGCUUGCAUGUUGAAGAACAUAAGCAGUACGUUGGAACACACGCCGCAGUUAAUCGCUGUUAUGACGUGAAGACCUCGGCGAGAAACGCCGAGCAACAUUGCGGCACUGGAGCGUAGCUAGACUGCUGGUGCUGGAGCUAUAUCGCAGAUACAUCUUACCGUUGCAGGCUAACAUGGAACUACUAUCAAAAGGUUGCGAGCAAGUAACGGCACCAGCAUUUGAAGAUGUUAUGGAGGCUAUUGGAGCAAGAGGGAAGUUUCAGAGGAGAUUUAACAUAAUCUUCACUUACUUGGGUGCCACUGUUAAUCUGAUGAGUGUACAUUUGUAUUACCUGGCAAUGCAGACUCCCGACCAUUGGUGUUACGUUCCUGGCAGAGAGAAUACUGGUUUGACUGUUGAUGAGUGGAAGAACUUAACAAUACCCAGGGAACAGGGUACGUUCAGCAAGUGCAUGAUGUACAGCGAUAGCCAUACGUACAAGGCUGCCAACAUUUCAGAAAUAAACUGCCAACACGGUUGGACCUACGACAACACGUGGUUCUCCAUGACUGUGCCAUCGCAGAUGAACUGGGUGUGCAAUAACAAGUACAUCGUCAAUGACAUCAUGUUUUAUUCGCAAUAUGUCGCUGCUGUAAUGGGACUGAUCUUCGGCUACGUGGGAGACAUGUGUGGCCGCCGCUGGCAGCAGUUCCUGUGCCUGGCAGCCCACAUGAUCAGCAGGGUUGUGCUGAUUCUCGCACCAUCUGUUCCCAUGUUGUUUGCUGUGGGGGAGUCUCUGGUGGCAGCGGCAAGUGGACCAAUGUUCGAGUCAUCACUGUCUGUCGGACUCGAACUGACAACCAUCAAGCACCGUACGACUAUCAGCGCCAUGGCGUGCCUUUGUGCCGGAGCUGGAAUGAUGGCGGCUGGUUUGGUGGCGUGGAUCAUGCCCUAUUGGAAUUUUCUCUUCCUCUUUGCUGCAUUAUGUUGUCUUGCAUUGUUUUCAUUUUUCAGGUGGUUCCCCGAGUCGCCGCGCUGGCUGGCGUGCAGGGGGCGCCAGGAGGAGGCGCUCAGCCUGGUGCAGCGCAUCGCGGCCGCCAACGGCAUUGCUGUGCCUCCGUUCACUCAGAGGGUGCUGCGCAACGUGGCCAGGAGCAAGCACGACAGGAGGGGACUGCUCAGCAUUUUCUCUAGUUGGAACCUCUUCAGAAAUACAACAGUACUCGUCAUUGUCAGGUCGGUGCACGUUCUGACGAUGUUCUCGCUGGUGCUGAGCGUGGGCGGUGUCAGCGCGAACCCGUUCGCCUCGCUGACUGCGCAGGGGGCGGCGCAGCUGCCCGGCUACCUGGCCGUCCGCCACUGCGCGUCCCGCUUCGGCCGCCGCUGGUCCGCUGUCGCAGCUCCUGUGCUGGCCGCUACCGUUGGUUCUGCCAUCAUUCUCCUGAUGACAGCAGACGUAUCCGGCACCUCCAUCACCAUGAUGACCAUCAUAAUGCAGUCCUGCACCACGGCUAGUGGUGCUAUAUCCAACCUCCAGAGCCUCGAAGUGCACCCCACGUGCCUGCGGCAGAUCACAGCUUCUGUCCAGUGGGCGGUAGCCACUAUCUUCCUAUCACUUCUGCCACACAUUACUUUUCAGGCGGGAUCAGUGGAUCGCCGGCUGCCAUUCGCCAUCCUCUCUGCACUGAACCUUCUGGCAGCUUUUGCUACAUCUUUCCUGCCAGAAUCUGCAUUACAGAGAUUGCCUGAGUCUUUGGAGGAUGCCGCGGUCUUUGGCAAAGACCGCCGGUAUUGGAGCUGGAAACCUAAGCCCGAUCCAUCAUACGCACCAUGCUGACUAAAUUCCAGAAGUGCCCAGCACGUGAAAGAACCGCGUAUUCGUAACGUUCCUGGAGUACAGUCCCGGUACUGAACGCUACUACAAAAAUACGUAUUUGUAGCAUGGCAGACGCAACAGUAAAUGUACUAAACUAUGAAAGAAAAAAGAAAUGUGAGAAACUGACGAUUAUGCCAAUAAUUAAGCUGAUUGCUAAAACGCAUGAAGAAUUUUCCUUAGGAACUGAGAACGCAGGAUGUGGGAAGACUACAGGUCGUGCUAUCUCAUCUUCUCACAGAGAAUUUCCAUUUCAUUAACUUCAAUCUAAAAUUUUCUGUCGCAACAAGUAAAAGAUAUUAACUGAUUUGGCAUAAUAUUCUUCCUAGAAAGUAAGUCCCCUGUCAGCCGUGUUAUAUAUUUCGAAGUUCACCUUUCAUUACAGCUUUAUUUUAUUCUCUAUUACCAUCAUCGCCAAAUUACCUAGUCAUCUUGUGAUAUAUAUAUAUAUAUAUAUAUAUAUAUAUAUAUAUAUAUACAACACCUGUGCUUUGAUUACUAUUUAUCAUUAAUUCCUUUGUUAGCCACACACUACCUAACACGUGCAUCUAGAUUUGAACGUGCUAACACAGCAGCAAUGUUAAAGUGAUUCUACCGUCUUUCCCCCUGUUCCCAACAUAACCAUUUACCAUUUUACAUUCACAUCUGUAAUCUUAAGGGUCCUUUCAGUGGGUGGCAUCGUGGCAGUGGGUGAAUCGUGUACCACAAUCAUCUUCCUGUCUCUCCUGUACUGAACGAAGGAGCGAAGAAACGAGCUGCUCAUGAUAGAUCUAUCUUUUCUAUCAAUUCCAGCUGGUAAGAUUACCAGACUGACGGACCAUCCAAAAUAAGAGGUCGAACAAGCCUUCUAUAAACAAAGAAGGAGGAUUACCGUUUUACAGUCAGAGAUGGAGGAGGAGGACGGACUGGGCAAUUAUGCAUCAUUUAACGAAAUCCUGUCAAGAUGGCGCGACAAGAAAUUUCUCGUCAGACUGUUCAAGCUUCCUCUCCUCUAGUCACUUUCCAAUACGAAAUAUUAGCUAAUAAUUGAGGACUGUCAAUCCACUUACUCCAGUCACAAUUCGAGCCCCAUGAUGCGCUUCGCACUUAGCUUUCCCUGCUUUCCCCAGCAGCAUGCUUCUGAUCUCACUACAGCUGUCUGGAGAUUAGUUUCCGUACUUACCAUUCACAGCAUCACUUGCUGUUAGUAUUCACUUACUUUAUUUAUCAUUAGGUUUUUAUAUAUAACUUAUUAUGCUGCUUAUGUGCACUUUCAUUUUUGUUUAUGCUUUAUGACAACUACAGCGGUGUGCUAUUAUGUUUCAUUAUUUUAUAGUGCUUUUUACCCCCACCCUGAGAUGAGCUUCCAGAUAUGCAUGUCAUUAGCUCAUUAUAUCCAGCCGUGGUACGAUAUCUGCACUUGUUGUUAGGCCUCUGUAUACCAUUCUGGAACAGGCGCUGGAAACCACAUCUAACCAUUUACGAGCUCUUAUUGUAUUAAUGGAUUCAUUAUUGUAUUACUUAUUGCUCAUCUAUUUUUUUAGGACCACAGCAAUAUGAUGCAAGAAUCUUAUUGUUGAAACUCGCAAAUAAUGCGACAGUCAUAAGUAUGAACGACUUUUUAUAUAUAAUAUUUUUUAACCUUUCGACCCUAACUUUAAUAUUCUUAUUUUACUUGUACAUAUUUGUGGUAUACUUUUCUAUACAGCCUGAAACCGAUUUAGAAAUAAAAUUUGUAUUAUGCAA